GACUCUUCCAGAGGAGCUUUCCUAGCAAAUACUCAGAACCGUUCUUAAAACCAAAUAAUUCAGUGAAAAUGCGUGCCUUCAGAGUUUGCUUAGUACUGGUGAUGUUCGUGGUGAUGCUGGUCGGCACUAGCGGYAAUCCCGUCGGCGAUAAUGCUGUGCUCACCAUAGAGACAGCCGAACAACCGUUAACUUUGUUCGAUGUCGACGCGCAGCAAGGACAUGAGAACGAUGGCGAUCGCUUGGCGCGGGGCUACGGUGGCUACCGUGGUGGUUAUGGUGGUUAUCGUGGCGGUUAUGGUGGAUAUCGUGGCGGAUAUGGUGGAUACCGCGGUGGGUAUGGUGGAUAUGGCGGUCGCCAUGGUGGUUAUUAUGGUUAAAAUGACGACAAAUAUGCAAAAAAAAUUGUUAAAUUAAAAAUGUGUU